AUGUUUGCUACCGAAGGCCACUUCAGACUGGCGGCUAACAAGUACUUGACCCAGCGGAGAAACCGAUACUUCAAGUCCAAUUUUGGAGCCUCUCCGAAUGUGUGUGCUGUGACAUGGAAUAUGUUUGGAUUAGGCGACGACAAUGGUGGAGUGGAGUUCAAGUAUCUCUUGUGGGCUUUGCUCUUCCUGAAGACAUAUGCAGUGCUGUCGGUUCUGGCGAGUGCAGUUGGUGUUACCGCCAACACCUUUCGAAAAUAUCUUUGGCCAAUGGUUGGCCGGAUUGCUGGAUUGGCUCCAAAAGUGGUGAGUUUUUUGAGUUGUCGUCUUCGAUUGACGACGAUGCACUGA